UGUAAGCUCAUCGAAGAUGGCUCGAGUUCUGUUUUGUUUGCUAUUCGUCGGUUUGGCUGUGACCUUUGCCAGCAAUCGCCGGCUACGCAUAUCGCUGCAUGCCCGGGAAAACCCAAUGGGAUCGCAGCUAUCGCAGCGAUUCCUCUCAAUCAGCACCAACACAUCCUCCAGCAACUCGACUGAUCGCAGGAUCCGCCUGCCCCUGCGCAAUCGCAACAAUGUGGAGUACUUUGGCAUCGUGAGCAUGGGCACGCCCAAGCAGAUGUUCAAGGUGAUGCUGGACACGGGCUCCUCGAACACGUGGCUGCCCUCGAGCAACUGCGCGCGCAACAAUUGGGCCUGCCAGAACCACAGGCGCUACAACGCCUCCAGGUCCAGCACCCACGUCCAGGACGGGCGCAACUUCACCCUCUUCUAUGGCGCGGGCAGUGUCAUUGGCUACCUCUCCAAGGACACGUUGCACUUCGGCGGCACCCAGCUGCCAAACCUGACCUUUGGCGAGGCCAUGUUCCAGUAUCAGGAGGUGUUCGAUUCGGUGAUCUUUGACGGCAUUGUGGGCCUGGGCCUGGGUGAGCGGGCCUGGGCCAAUUCGACGCCCUUCCUGGAGCUGCUUUGUGCUCAGCAGCUGGUGGAGGAGUGUGUCUUCUCCGUGUACCUGCGACGCGUGCCGGGCUCCAUGCGAGGCGGAGAAAUCAUGAUCGGCGGCAUCGAUAAGUCCCGCCACAGUGGCUCCCUUCACUACGUUCCCAUCACGGAGUACGGCUACUGGAAGUUUGAGAUAUCCAAAGUGUCCGUGGGCAUGGAAAACAUCGAUAUGGCAGUGAGCGCCAUCCUUGACACGGGCACGUCCAACAUCCUGCUGCCCGAGCAGAGCUUCGACAAGCUGCACAAGGCCCUGGGCGCCACGACUGACUACGAUCUGACCUUCGUCACCUGCGAACUCGAUGUGCUGCCAAAUAUCAAACUGCUGAUCGCUGGCAGAACAUUUCCCAUCACUCCCCGGGACUACGUGAAGGAGGUGCUGCUCGAGGACAACAUAAAGGUGUGCAUAACUCGCUUUUCCCCCAUCAAUCUGAGCUUCUGGAUACUGGGCGAUGUCUUUCUGGGCCGCUACUAUACCGUCUACGAUGCCACAGAGAAGCGAAUCGGUCUGGCCCGGGCCGUUCCAGACGUUGCGAUAGCAGCGUAGAGUUCAAAUCGGUCAAACGCAAAACAACAGUGCUUCGAUUUCGGUGAAUAAUAUAAUUAAAAAUGUAUCGAAAGUAUUCCAAAUAUAUAUCGGAUAUAUCGGAACGGAUUUGUAUAUUUUCCGUAUUUUUGAGUAAAUUAAUAAAAUAAAUAUAAAUAAAAAAUAGA